AUGGCGUUUCGCGCCCGCGAGGGGUACACAAAUGUCGCGCCGCCCGCGACUCCGAGCAGGGUGUAUGUCCCUAACACCACGUGGACAUGGUCCUUCGCCAUCGUCACGCUCAUCCAAACACUGGUGACGCUCGGUCUAGAAUGUUAUAUCUUCGCGAACUUUCAAAUCCAAGAGCAGGCGAACGACAGUCCCUCCUCGAAGACCAUCCCCACCUUCCUCGCCCUCUACAGUUUCGGUUUCCUCUACGAGCUGGUUCUGGUCUACGAUGCCCUUCGCAUGAAAAACACCAUUCAAGUCAUUGGGCUUUGCCUGUGCAAUUUCGGACUCCUCAUUUACGGUGCUGUCCAAGUGCAGCAGAUCCAAAACGCUGUCUCCGUAUUAGCCGACAUGAAGGAAAUCAGCCCGUUGGUCUGGGCGGAAUCGCAGCCCUUUCUGAUUAUUAUUCCCUGCAUAGUGGGCCUUGGAAGCUUGCUCAUGACCUUCGUUGCGUGGAAAUUGUAUGACGAGUUCGCCUGGACAAUCUACAAGCACAUCAGCGCGGACCUGCGUAUGAAGCGCCGCUAUCUGACUUAUCAGAUCUACAUCGCUCUGCUGAAGUUCGAUUUUUUCUUCUUCCUCGGUUUCACCGUCCAGUUCCUGGUCGUUGUUUCUUCCUCCAAGCAUGAUGCUGAAUUCUACCUCACCAUCAUCGCCGUCCCCGUGACUAUCCUUAUCCUGGCCUGCGGUGCCUGGUUUGUCCGACGGGAAUCCAUGUUCGGGAUGAUCGUCAUCAUCAUGCUCUUCUUCGCCGCCAUGGCCUAUUUCUGCUUCAAGCUGUACCGAAUGUACGCGCCGGCCACGUUCCCUCAAUAUCUGCCCGCCCGGCCCUCGAUGACCUUCUUCGCCAUCAUCACCCUCGUCCUGAUCGUGAUCACCAUCAUCAACGCCUGCAUGUGCGCGCACAACUUCGACCGGGGCUUGAAGCCGCACAUUAACAAGAAGAAGGGCAAUCCCGAGGAGAAGACAACUGAGCUCUCCUCCAAUGUUCUCAGUCAGGUUCCGUCUCGGAUGAUGAUCGAUUGA